CAAAGCCGGUGCUCAGAGAGGGAAGACGAAGUUAUGACAAGACACCAUCAUCCCUACCCAAGGCUGUCCAGCUAGGCUGAUUUUGGCACACACCAGUAUUCAAUGAUGGAAAUCAAGCUAGAGCAAAGUGAGGAGGUACCAUCCACAACAAGACCUUCUCCAGAGGAGCUAUGCUUGAAACAACAUGGCUGCCCCAAUAGAUGGCCAGAGACCCGCCUGUCUCACAAGACCCUGUGUCAGCUUCUAGCCCGGCACCCAACAGAUGUGAAUGGUGCUACCACACAGUCACCUCAGUCCCCAACUAAGGCGGACAAAUUCUUCCUAGAGGAAAACAACAAUAUCACAUAUGACGUUGAAGGGGUAUCAUGCCCUGGAGAUGACACUGCAGAGGACAAACGAAUGAAUGCAAACAGUCAUGGACAUAACCGGAAUUCUAGUAGAUCUACCAACGGCAGUGUUGUGACUUCGGGUGACAGUUGGACAUCAGAUGUUUCAGCUAGUCCAGGCCAAAGUGGAGGUCCUACUCGGCAGCCUCAUCAAGGCAUGCUGAGUGGCCGUCCAUCUAGCCAGGUCCAAGAAUCCUCGACUCACACAUCAACCAUGUUAGCUUCUGCAGGCUCCCCGGCCAACUUGUCCGGGAUUUUCCGAACACCUGCAACUCAUGUGGAUUCCACUCAGAGGCAUUUGUCAACAGGAAGUCAGUUCUCAACUCUUUACUCUUCCACAGGUGGAGGUGGUGGAGGAGGGGGAGGGUCAUCUCCUUACUCUAACUUACAUGGGGCUCAUCAAGCUGCUGUGGUGGCUGCGCAGGGCUCACACAUGCAAGCUCCGUACAGUGCUUUCUAUCCCCAAUUUCCAUCUCACAGCGGAUAUACACAUCGGUCAAUGUUGGCUGCCCACUACCCACACAUAGAGUCCUACUCAGCUGUCCUACAGAGUAUGGGCAGCCAGGUCCAACACGCCUCUCAAACCCAGCUACCUCGCAACUCGUACCUUCCCGGUCAGAUACCUCAGUACUCGAUCCUUGGGGGCAAUCAAAGAUCCCUAUCUGUGUCCACCUCUCCAGGCCCCCAGGUAGCCCCUCGUCACUCUCCCGCGUCGGGGCAGCACUCUGGGGAAUCAGCAGCUAGAGAUAUAAAAUCUCCCCUGAAGUACGAACGGGACAUGGAGGGGCACUCAGGGGGGCGUGAAUAUUCACCACAUUACAAAGAGGACCGAACACACAGUCUUUCAUCCAUCGAACUCGGCAGCGGGGGCAAGUCUGUGUCAUUUAAAGACUUGCCUCCCCGUCACGACUCUCUGUGUAGUAAGGAUCAGAGUGACUAUAAAGUGCCUAGUGGAAAGGAAGGCAGUCGCAAACACCGAAUAUUGACUCGACCCUCGGACAGCGUCAUAGAGAGUUCCUCCAUAGAUGUACAAAGUGGCUCAUAUAGCAGCAAUAGAUCAUCAGAUCAACCGUCCCCAAAACGAUCAAAGACAGGCUACGGAGCCUCAUUGCCCAACCCCCACGGGGCAAGUGUGGAGCAGGGUGUGGUUGAGGUCGGCGCAGGCGCCCCCCAGUCCUCAAAUCUCCACUACCCCCCUCACUUCAUGAAGGGGUCAAUUAUACAGCUAGCUAACGGAGAACUGAAACGUGUUGAAGAUCUGCAAACAGAUGACUUUGGACAAAGUGCUGAUAUCAGUAGUGAUCUCAAAAUAGAUUCCAGUACGGUGGUGCGCAUGGAAGAAAAGAGUGAUGGUAGCACGGUCGUCCUGGGUUUUGUGGUGGGCGAACACCGAGUACAGGUAACUGUGGAAGCUACAGUGGAACACCCGUUCUUUGUGUUUGGGCAAGGCUGGUCCUCCUGCGACCCCGACAAGACCCUGGAGCGGUACGGCUUAGAGUGUCAUAGACUGUCAGUGGGGGAUAUCUGUAUAUCUCUCACGCACAAGGAGGUCACCGCACGCGGCGCUGAGAUAUCACAACAGCAGUUACGCCAUCAGGAGGAGAACAAGCAUCUACAGCAAGGCAGAUCCCCAACAUUGACUUUCCAAACCCCAAGGUCAAUAAACAAGUGUUCACAAAGUCAAGGUGAAAUGUAUUUUAAUGUGUCAACAGCAGACAGCGUGGAAAAGAGUCCACAAAAUUCUCCGAUGGACACAGAUAUAAAUCAGGACCAGCAUCUGGUGGAUAGUAGGCCACCACGGAAACGCCACUGGUCAUCAUCUGACCACAAUAAUGACAGUGUUCACAAUGACCAGAAGAAACAAGAAUAGUCCUAAAGUACCAGAUCAAGAUCAGGAACAAAUUUUAUUAUUGUUAUGACACAAUUUCUUUUCAUAUGGAUUUUAUUAUUUAACAUAUUCAUGUUGCCCACAGAUCUUUGUCUGCUCAUCUGCUUAUGUUAUACUUUAGAUGUAAGAAGUGUCACCCUGGCCUUGGGUUAGUGGUAUACCGGUUUAAACAUUCCCGUCUCCCACACCCAAAGAUGGUAGCCAUUUGAAUGGAUACAAUUAGAUUAUUGUAUACAACCAGACUCGACAGAGGUUUCAGAUCCGUAGCCAACUAAAUGUAUUAUAAAACCCUAGAACUCCUACACGACUGCCAGUGGGUAUAUCAUUCUGUUGCAUAUUAAAUAUUUUGUUUUGCCAAAAGAUUGAUAGAUAAAAGCAUUAUAAGGAUUGAAGCAUUAUCUGUGAUGUGAGGGGACUAUAUGGCUGCCUGUUGAUAGAUAAACCAGCUGAUGAAUGCUGUCAGCCUACCCAGCACAAGAGUUAUAGUGACCCAGAUAUUGAUCCGGCUCUGGUAGCCUCUUGUAUUAUUGGGAUCAGCGUGACACUUGUUACUUUCUAUGACAGCUUCUUGCAUUGAUGUAUAUGUCAUUUCUUUCCAUAUGAUUGAUGAUGCAAAAUGUAAGCUAGCUUCAAUUGGCUUAUGAUGAUGUUGCGUUUUACAACUGUACUGACCCUCUUUUCAUUAUUCAAUGCAAUUUUGUUCUAGUUUACACAUUUUCAGUUGCUGUUUUUCCUACAUGCUACUAGUGUGUUCAUUUACAAAUGGCCCAUGAAUCAUAGAAUGAAAAACAUGACAAGUAAUUUACUUAAAAUUCCUUCAAUUCAAAAUAACAACCGCAAACAAAUGAAAAACAAUUGAUCAGAUUAUUUUACUAAAGAAUAACAACACAACCCGAUGGUGUAGAGUGUAACCCCGGUGACCUGACGUCUGCUCACUAUAUCAAUCAAGUUACUUACACAAGUAGUCCACAACAAGGGUGUAACCAGACUAGUUUAUGGGUAUAUUAUUUACACUGGUACUGGUGUGUCCCUAGAUCUGAUACAACAAACCCUAUACUAUAGAUAUAUGGAGCUUUUCUAUUUUGUAAAACUGUUUGUGUGUAGAAAGUUGAGGGACUUGUUAAUCCUAUAGUUUGGUCAGGUUAUUCGGAGAGGAAUUUUAAAGUGAUUUGGUUGUCAUAAAUGUAAUGGGGUUUUAGAUUUACCGAUGAGAAUGGUAAUGUCUAGAGAUGGGAGUAGAGAUCUGACACACAUAUAUUACAUAUCAAAUAUCUCGAGCCCUGUCUGGUACACAGUGGAGUCACUGCCUGUUUUACCAUGCUGUAAUCAGAUAAAUCAGUCUAAAAUAAAUUGAAAUCAAUAUUGUAAGUUAAUCAAUUAGAUAUUUGCCAAAAUUCAAUUUUUAAUAGAUUUCGAUUUUCAAUUAAUUACAGCUUGAGAUGGGGUUUUUUUUUCACAGUUUAUAUUGUGAGGGCUUCUUUUAUGAUGAAAAAUUUAUUUUCACUUGUUAAAAUCUGAUGUAUGAGCUAUUCACUAGAUGUACAGUAAACCAAUCGGUUCUUUAAGUUACAUAAUACAAACAAAUGUGUAGUCGUGUAAUAUUGGGUCCACAACUAACACAAUAAUCAAAACCAAGUCUAGCAUAUACAACAGACAGUAUGAUGUAAAUCUGUACGGUUUUACACUCUAUGUAUGCAGAACAGGUACAGGCUAUGACGAGUGUAAACUCUACCAUCGUACCAGUAUGAUGAGUGUAAACUCUACUGU